AUUGCGAAUUGCCGCGGGCUAGCCUGACAGUAGCGGGGCCAAGUCCGUACAGAGCACGUGCUUUCCUAGCAAGCUCAAUCUUAAGCAAGUUUACUCGGAAAUAUAUCCCAGGGCUUUGGACAUACACAGGACUGCAGGCUUUGCACGGAGCUCCAGUGUCCCGUUUCUGAGGCCGCAGAGAGACGAAGAAGCUUGCUGGCAAGCGCCUUGUUUGAACGCGGAGAGCCUCCCGGCUCAACCUCCUCUGAUUUGCGUGAAACAGUUUUCGCUAAUGUGGCCGAUACAUCCAUUUCAGCUCUGGCCUCUCUUAGGGCUCUACAGUUCCGUGGCUAGUAUUAAGGUUUGGGGGCUAGAAAGCCUCGCCACGGAAUAUAUAUUGGUCACUUCAAUCGUUAUCUCUGAUAGUCAACGUCGGCGGCUUUUUGCACUGCUUCUGCCUUCCAUUAGGGCAUCUGGCUAAUCGCUGGGAAACAGAUGGGGAUACUGUAGGAAGCUGUCUUAAAUUGAGUCAGUCUCUUGGUCCACCUAGCUCAGUAUUGCUUACACUGGUGGUCAACAGCUUUUCACAGUUUUAGGCAGGAUUCCUCACUCUGGCCUACCUGAAAGUGCCUGCCAGGAGUUUAAGUCUGGUCCUGUCUGCACGCAAAAGCACAUGCAGCCCUUCCCUUCCCUCCUCCACUUAGUUUGAUCUAACGGACAAGCAGAGCUCUUCCUAGGAUCUCGCCAGACAGCGGCUUUUUUUUUUUUAGUUGCAAAUCGAUGGGCGACAGAAGCCCCACUGAGAGCAUUCCUCUCUUUCUCACAGACACAAAGGAAAAAUAAUUAAUCAACUCAACAUCGAGUGACAGCUCUAUCCCAUCCCAUCUACAUAGCACCAGCAAGCUGUUCCUGUCCUUGCCAGUAAAAGGCCAAGGCCACUUUUAUGCUUGAAGGUUGGAAAGUGCUUCGAGAAUUGUUGCCCUUGUAAAAGGAACUCGUGCCGUGCAGAGUCUGUGACUGAAGCGGACUGGCUCUUUGCGGUUUUGGAAACACUUACUGGCUGCCUACCCACACAGAGACCGGUUCCUUGCAAGGACAGCGUGAGGCUCCUAUUAAAGGUCUCUCCUCUCUGCUUCCCCUUCCUUGAUUUGCUUAGCGUGAAUUUGACUGUGGCCAUAAUUUACGCAUCUUCCUGGUUUAAGGCCUGGAAUAGCCAGCCGAGAAGCAGCGCCAGCUUACUCGUUCCUUUCCAAUCCCAGUUUGAUACCAGCAAACCCCGUGGGGGCGCUUCGGUUUUCCUGCCGCAAAGGCACGAGGCUGGCGGCUUCAUCAUCUUAAUAAAGACGCACACCACACAGUGGAGAGACCGCUUCAAGUGCACAAGCAUCGCUUAUUAUUUCUCAAGCCAGACCUCAGCAGUCCUUACAACAACCCUACAGGUGAUCCCGCCCGGAGACCCCCUUGAGGAGGAGAAGGAGGAGGCGACAGCAGCAGCCCACCUUGCAGCUUCCCGAAGCGAGCGCCAUGAGAGCGGCUCAGGAGCGGGGCCAGGAAUUCCUCCCCCCCAAGAAGCGCGACCUGCCGGUGGCUGCCAACAACGAAGAGCCGGGGCGGGCGGCUGAGUCGGGUCUGGUGGGCGGUGGCGGCAGCGAGACCUCUGUGGAAUGGUCCAGGGGCUUAGCAACAGGCAGGCAGAGCCAGGCACCUUCACGUUACACGGAGGCUGGUGGCAGCUCCGACACAGUGACCAGUCUUACCGUGGACCAGUACGGCUUAUUGUACAAAGUGGCAAUGCCCCCGGCCACCUUCUCACCCGUGGUGAAUGUCAGCCCGCUGCCUCCAGCCUUCAGUAUGACCUCGCAGCUGAUCCCGCACCCUGGUAUCCCCUACUCGCCUAUCCAUUACACUCAACUUCCUCCUGCUCCCUUGCAGUUUGUGGGAUCACACUACUCUGUACCCUAUGCUGCCGCUGUGCCUCCUGGCUUCCUGCCCAGCCACCUUCUGUCCUCUUCAGCCAGCCUUGCUGCCUCUCAUAUCCCACACUUUGUGCCCUAUGCACCUCUCCUGGCUGAAGACUCUGCUCCUUCUCCACAGGCAGCCCACAGCUUUGGCAAGACCAGUGCCUCAGUUUUGCCUUCAGGCUCUCUGCAGCCCCAUGUUGGAGGUCAGCCACUGGAUGUUACACAGGGCCGAAUUCCAGUCUAUUAUCAGAUGUCCCGUCUGCCAGCAGGCUAUUCAUCAUUUGAAGCUUCUGUUGCUGGCCCAAACACUGAGCAGUGUCUGCAGGAGAAUCAGCUAGAUCCUAAAGUCACAGCAAAUGGGGUGCAAAGGUCUGCCGUAGGGGCGAAGGAAAGUGAGGCUGAAGGGCAGUGGCCAAGGACAACGGUAGAGUGCAGCACUGAAGGUACCUUCUUGACAAGCAGUCAGAUUUUGAGAACAGAGAUCUCUGUGCCAUCUCAGCGGAGCACCCCAGAUACAGACCUGGAGGUGCAGAGGGUGGUUGGAGUGCUUGCUUCCCAGGACUACCCUGUUUGUUCUGCUCAGCAGAAGGAUGGCUUGAGCCCUCUAAACCUUUCCCAUCGUAAUCCCCCUGAGCAGAAGGCAGAGUCAAUGAGGAACCCAGUGGAACUUGUGGUGGCUGCUACUGCUGAGAAAAGCCACUUUCGGAGACUGUCGGCAAAGUCCCCUGAGGAGCAGCUCCGCCAUCGGCAAAUACUGAAAGGCAUUACAAUGGCCAAUGGUCGGCCAGUCUCAGGGUCCCUCCAUCCUGGGGCUCAAGAUGGCCUGGGAGGUGCAAGUCCUGAGGGAACAGCCUAUGAGGGACUACCUGACACGGAAUGUGCCCAUUCCCAGAGCCACUUACCCUCCCACUUCAUGAAAGGAGCCAUCAUCCAGCUGGCCACAGGAGAGCUAAAGAGGGUGGAGGACCUGCAGACCCAGGACUUUGUGCGUAGUGCAGAGGUGAGUGGUGGCCUCAAGAUUGACUCCAGCACUGUGGUGGACAUCCAAGAGAGUCCCUGGCAGGGUUUCGUCACACUGCAUUUUGUGGUGGGGGAGCAGCAGAGCAAAGUGAGCAUCGAUGUGCCCCCUGAGCACCCUUUCUUUGUGUAUGGACAGGGCUGGUCCUCAUGCAGUCCAGAGAGGACGAAUCGGCUCUUCUCACUCUCCUGCCACAGGCUGCAGGUGGGAGAUGUUUGCAUCUCCAUCAGUUUACAGAGUCUGAAUGGGAGGCUUGUGCCCCAGGCAAGCCCCCAGAGUGCUACCCGAGAGAGACCUGGGCGGGGUGGGGAGAGUCUCCAGGAGCUGCAGAAAAACCCAUUGGAGAAGGGUGGGGUGGCUGUGGGCUCCCCCCAGGAAUCCACCCACCAUGAUCCUGUUUCUCUGCAUGGUUGGGCAGGCCCCAGCUUCCAAAGGUCUGGGGAGGAGCCCCGGCCACCACUCCUCCGCCCUUCAUUCAUUCCCCAGGAGGUCAAGUUGUCCAUCGAGGGCCGUUCAAAUGCAGGGAAGUGAAGCCCCAGUGGUGGGCGAACUUGUGUGCCACGCUUAACUGGGUUCCUUCCAGUUUGGCCACUGCUCAGAUGCUCGGCCCUUCCCCCAGUUGUGUGCCUAGAAUCAUUCCACUGACAGAGGCUCCUUCUCUCCACCCUCUGUAGGGGAGGUCUGAGCCUGGGUAGGGUAGAUUGGGGUCAGCCAAGGGGAGACUCUGAAGGAAGCAGUGACUGCGCUGCUUCUGUGAGGAGAGGAGCAAGGGCUCAACAUCCCCCACCACCUCACUCAAGCACUUUAUUGGACACUUGCUCACACAUAGCAGGAGGGUGCUUUUACCAGGGCAAGGGAGCAGUGAGGGAGUUUGCCAGGUUUCUUCUGCUCGGGUCCCAAGUUAAGAAUUUUUGUCUGGGCCUCCCAGCAGCCCCUCUCCAGGCACCGAGUCAAGGGAGCCUGGAUUUCUCCUCAGGGAGGUAGUAUUUGUAUGCAAUUUCCUCACAUGCGUUAGAUUGAAAGGAAAUGGUUAAUAGUCUGUUAAAUUGCAAACCUGGCAAUGCGUUGCCUCACAGCUCUGCAGCCAGGUAGAACUCGAAUCCCAUAGGUGGGAAUGGUGUAGGUGUACGUGUGAGAGUAUGUUCUAGCUCUGGCUUCUUCAGCUAUCUCCAUGCUGCUCUUAAGUCCCCACCUCCAUCUUCUAGAAAGGCUGCAUCCACUUCUGCUGCAGAUGCCUUAGAUGUUCACAGCUAAGCCAGGUCUGAAUGGCCUGGGCUGACUAAGGCUUGUCACAGUGGUGGAUGCCUCAAGUUACAGCCAGCUCCUUUGAAAAGUGCAAGGCAGUUUGUAUAUAAGAGCAUGCUAGUGCACAUACAGACACUCCUGCUUUUCCUUGGGGUGAUUAAAGCAUUUCCUAUUGAGAGUUUGGAGAGGGGGCAUUCUGGCCACUGUAACCAGCUUGAAUGGCCCCCACUACAUGUGUAAGAUUUCUUUGGAUAUUAGAAAAAUGUAUUCAGGUUCUUCUGAUAAAGAUGAAAAUUGCUCUUCUGUGUGCACUGGUGACUCAAACAGAAUGAAAGAAGAUAAAAUGUGCAAGUAGUUAACAGUUUUUGAGCCGAGAAAGCAGUAGAACUGCUUGGGUUCAAGACGCUGGCUGAGUACCCUCUCCUGCACUGGUGCCCUCAACUCGGCAGGGGUGAGCUCUAGGGCUCUGAAUCAUAGCCGUGACUCUGCAUCAGUGCCAUCCAAGUCCCACUCCAGAAUAGCAGCCAGGAAGCUCCUCCCACUGCUCCAAAUGGGCAGCCUUGGCUUGUUUCCCUUGGAUGUUUUGUCUACAGUUGUUGCUUUUAGGCAUUGCCUACAGGCAUUCCUGGCUCACAACGGGAACUGCUUUCCUGUCUGACCAGACACCUCAUCCACUCCAAGCCCUCUCUAUAUGAAAGGUGGAAGACUUUGCUGUUCUCCUCUGGAAGGCCCGGCACUUUGCACUAUUCCGAGCCAGGUUUCCCCGCAAACCACCCUCUGCCUUCCUUACUUGCUCUUGGGCUCCCCUGGAUUGUGUGCUUACUAGACCAACGCUCAUUUCCAUGUAAAUGCUGGCCUAGGUUUCUCCUUUGUCCUUCAGCUCCCCUGCCACCAGGGAGGAGAUGUCUGCUUCAUGCCAUUAGGGCAGAGUGCCCUUCUACUCCCAGGGCUUCAUGGGAGCUGGAUCACUUGCACAGCAUCACAGCAGAAGAGCCUGAUUGGCCACCUCUUUCAUUGGCACCACCUCUGGCCCUCCGUGGCUAUUGAGGGUCAGUUCCUCUUAGUUCAUCUGGACCGCCCAACACUACUGCCACCCUGGUCCAGUGCUGUUUCAGGAUAGCUUGCUGCACAGCCCUUAGGGCCCAGGACCGAGUUAGGAAUAGAGCUGCAAAAUAUGGAAGUGUCUUUGGGCACUACUCCAUCUGGGGCCGCUGGAGGGUUGGGAGAACCAGCUUCCUAGAGCAAUAAGCUAUUUCUCUCUUGUGACACUACAGCACGACCCCUUUCCAAGCCCUAGUAAAUAUUUGGGAAGGGCUCCCUAAUAUGCAAUACUGUGGGACUGGCAGCUGCACAGCUGUGUCCAUUUGGCCAUUCCAUGGGGUAGGAUGGAGGCUGCUAAAAGAGACACGUUUCAGUGUGGGGUGCCAAACUAGGGGGUGAUGAACUGGGGUCCUGCUUUUCAGAAGGGCACCAACCAGAUACCCUUUCCAGCUAAAAGGUUUCCCGUCCCUUCUUGCCAGCUGUUUCUGUAGCCCUGGCCUGCAAGAGCAAACAUCCGCUUAUAUUAAGUCCCACCUCUGCCCAGAAACACUGAGCGAUGGCCUGACCCAGUGGCUUGUUGCAGAGAAAGUUCCUUUGCUAUAUCUCAAGAUGCACUGAGGAAGACAGCAAACAGAGUCAGCCUGCCACCCUUCAAUCCCUUGCAUAGCACCUUAGUUGGGGUGGGUCACCUUCCUGUAUGCAGCUGGCAAGGGGCGAGUGUGUAGCAGCCCUGCAACCAACACCAGUCAUCUUCACUCCGAAACCCAUGCAUCGUAUCUCUAAAGCCUUAGGACUAGCCGAGUGCCCAGCCCCUUUUCUCCUACCUGAUCUUUAAUGAAGCAUUACCAAUCUAAGGAGGAUAAUCUAUUUUGUUGUGCUUUUUUUGUACCUGUUUUAAAUAAAUCAAUUUGUACUGUAUAUUUGUAUUUUGGGUGAGAUCCUUUUUCCUGUUUUACCAUUUAAAGUCUCUGUACACACAGAUUGUAUUUUUAUUGUUAAUGCUCUUAUGAAUACUGCAUUUAACUUGUUGACUUAUGUAAACAGUAUAUAUACAUAUAUCUAUAUAUAUAUAUAUAUAUCUAUAUAAUUAUAAGCCAAUAGCUUUUC